AGGGUAUAUUAUCUAUCUCUGGAAUAUUAUAUGGGAAGAUCACUGCAAAAUACGAUGAUUAAUCUGGGAAUACAAGGAGCAUGCGACGAGGCGAUGUAUCAGAUGGGGUUGGACAUCGAGGAAUUAGAGGAGAUGGAGGAAGAUGCUGGACUCGGUAACGGAGGUCUAGGUCGUCUAGCCGCCUGCUUCUUGGACAGCAUGGCCACGUUGGGAUUGGCCGCUUACGGCUACGGAAUACGUUACGAAUACGGUAUAUUUGCGCAGAAAAUCAAGCACGGCGAACAAGUAGAAGAACCGGAUGACUGGUUGAGAUACGGCAACCCGUGGGAAAAAGCUCGACCAGAAUAUAUGUUGCCUGUUAAUUUUUACGGGAACGUGAUUGAUACUCCUGAGGGAAAGAAAUGGGUGAAUACGCAGAUUGUAUUUGCGAUGCCCUACGAUAAUCCAAUUCCCGGCUACAAAAACAACGUUGUUAACACCUUGAGACUCUGGUCUGCAAAGUCACCAGUAGAGUUUAAUUUGAAAUUCUUUAACGACGGUGACUAUAUACAGGCUGUAAUCGAUCGUAAUCUAGCGGAGAACAUCUCCAGAGUUCUUUAUCCUAACGAUAACUUCUUCGAAGGCAAGGAGCUCCGAUUGAAGCAAGAAUACUUUAUGGUAGCCGCAACAUUGCAGGAUAUUACUCGACGAUAUAAGUCUAGCAAGUUUGGUUCAAGGGAACAUCAUAGAACAGACUUCAGUGCUUUUCCCGAUAAAGUGGCGAUUCAACUAAAUGACACGCAUCCCUCUCUGGCUAUUCCCGAGUUGAUGAGAAUUCUCGUGGACGUGGAGAAACUUCCCUGGGAUGAGGCUUGGGAUAUUACAACACGUACAUGUGCUUACACAAAUCACACCGUUCUUCCUGAAGCGCUGGAACGAUGGCCUACUAGUAUGUUGGAGUGCAUCUUGCCGAGGCACUUGCAAAUUAUUUACCAGAUAAACCAUUUGCACCUUGAAAGGGUUGCGGCUAAGUAUCCUGGUGACUUUGAUCGCCUUCGUCGAAUGUCCCUGAUUGAAGAGGACGGUGAAAAAAGGGUUAACAUGGCGCAUCUAUCGAUUGUUGGUAGCCACGCUAUAAACGGAGUUGCUCGUAUACAUUCGGAAAUCCUCAAAGAUAGCGUUUUCCGAGACUUUUACGAACUGGCACCGGAAGAAUUCCAAAACAAAACGAACGGGAUCACACCGAGAAGAUGGCUGCUACUCUGCAAUCCAAAUCUAUCAGAUAUAAUUGAAGAAAAAAUUGGCAGUGAAUGGACGGUCCACCUGGAGCAGUUGUCACAGCUAAAGAAAUGGGCAAAGGAUCCCGUAUUUCAACGUAACGUUGUUAAGGUUAAACAGGAGAACAAACUACGAUUAGCCCAGAUAUUGGAGAAAGAGUAUGGCGUUGAAGUUAAUCCUGCAUCUAUCUUCGACAUUCAGGUGAAACGCAUACACGAAUACAAGCGACAGUUGUUGAACUGUCUGCACGUCAUCACCCUGUACAAUCGAAUAAAAAGAGACCCGUCUGCGCCAUUUGUCCCCAGAACCGUGAUGAUAGGCGGCAAGGCCGCGCCAGGUUAUCACCUAGCGAAAAAGAUCAUCAAGCUUAUCUGCAGCGUCGCCAAAAUCGUCAACAACGACCCGAUCGUCGGCGACAAGCUCAAGCUGAUCUUCCUUGAGAAUUACCGAGUAACCUUGGCCGAAAAGAUCAUUCCCGCCGCGGACUUGAGCGAACAGAUUUCGACUGCUGGCACCGAGGCAUCUGGCACCGGUAACAUGAAGUUUAUGUUGAACGGUGCGUUGACUAUCGGCACUUUGGAUGGCGCGAACGUAGAAAUGGCUGAGGAAAUGGGCAACGAGAAUAUCUUUAUAUUUGGUAUGACGGUGGAUGAAGUGGAAGCUUUGAAGAAGAAAGGUUACAACGCGUACGAUUACUACAACAAAUUGCCAGAAGCGAAGCAGUGUAUUGAUCAAAUCCAAGGAGGAUUCUUCAGUCCGAAUAAUCCCGAUGAAUUCCGAGACAUUGCGGAUGUGCUGCUCAAGUGGGAUAGAUUCCUGCUUUUGGCCGAUUUCGAGAGUUAUAUAAAGAUGCAGGAACGCGUCAGCCAAGUCUAUCAGGACGAAUGUAAAUGGGUGGAGAUGGCGAUUCACAACAUAGCAUCGUCGGGAAAAUUCUCGUCAGAUCGUACAAUUGCGGAGUAUUCGCGCGAGAUAUGGGACGUAGAGCCGAGCUGGAAGAAACUUCCAGAUCCGCACGAGCCUCGCGACAUUUAAAUACGUUGACGUAAUUACUUUUUCAUAAUAUGUUCCGAUACACGUCCGUUUCCUUCCGCGACUAACUCUGUCCAGUCGUCACAGACAACAACGAACUUUAAGUCAAUAACUGACGCCGUUCAGAUCGGUCGCGCUAAAGUAAUAGAGACUAUAUCGUGUGUGAGGACACGUAAUCUGAUUUCUUAUAUUCUAUUAUAUAUUCUAUGGAUAUAUAUAUAUAUUUUUUUUUUUUUUCAGGAAUACGAAAUUUUUAACGAUGAACACUCGCGCUUGCUUAAAUAUGUCACAUAUCUUUCGAGAGAUUUACUGUUAAUAUUCUUCCAUGUUCAAAUAUACAUACUCGUUACAAUGACGCACAACUUUUCUAUGACGUGUCUUCCAUGUGAUCAUGCGGAUAUCUACUUGGAACAAUCCUCUAGUCUUAAUUGUGUUAUACUUCCAAGGUAGACAUUGACAAGCAGUAUGAAAUUUGCUCGUUUCAGAGGGAUAAACGUUCUACUCGAUUGUGUAGAAAUAUUCUGCAUUUCUUUCUAUCUCAAGAUCGUUUAGUUUAAGUGUAUCUUAAUCUGAGAUUCAAAUUUAAUAAUUUGACUAUUUUAAUAAUUACUUUCGUAAGUAACAAAAUAAAGACCGUGAUUGUGGAUCACAUAAAAAAACAUACAAUUCCUAUAUAAUGUUCCUGGAUAUAAUAUUUCGAUAUUAUAUAAGGAUAUAUUAUCGAAUUAUUAGGAUAUAUAUAUAUAUAUAUAUAUAUAUAUAUAUAUAUAUAUAUAUAUAUAUAUAUAUA